UUCAUUAAAUGCUUUUCUCCACGCUUUGGAAAUGCUGCUGUUCUUAGGUUUGUCAGUGAGCAGGGGAAAAGUGAAACUCUUCAGAGGACAGACAAGUUAAACUAUGAUUUUGAAAGAACUGUAAGAGAGGAAUGAAGUCACUUGAUUAUAUCAUGUUAAAAUGAGCUUAGAAUGUCUACCACAAUAGUCAGCCCCCACUCCCUUCCACCCCCAUACCAACACCCCACAUGUACUUGAUUGCAGGGUAGUGAGAUUUUAAUACAGCUAAAUCUGGACCUAUUGAAAAAAAAAGUCCUGUGUCUAAAAGUGUGGUGCUUAGCAGGAGUCAUAGGUAUGGCUGGUUUAGAGCAGUUGGCAAAAGGGCUGGGUGUUGCUGUGCUGUUUUAACUAAGGCUUCAUAAAUAUGCAAUGACCUGUAUUUUGAACUGACACAAAAUGAGAUGUGUAAAUGUGCAGUUGUACAAUGUGGAUGUUCAUAGCCUAGUUAAGACAAAAGUUUAAGCCAUGAUAAUUAUGUAAAUGUUCUGACUGCAUUCCUGUACUCCAGUUGUUGGCACUGUUCGGUUUGGAACUUUUAUCUGUCAAUAGAAGAUUAUGCUUAUGCAGUCUUAGUUUAAUCUUCUGAUAGGUGAGGGCAGAUCUGCAAUGCCAGCAUACUCUUCAGCCUCCUCUGUUGCUGUCCUUUUGUUGCUGGCUUGCACAGCUGGAUGGAGAAUCCCUUCUUGGGGGUUUGGAUUCCAGAGUUAACAUGCUUCUGUGGAACCAAAUAGGCAUCAGGAGGAGCUGGUAAUGGAUAUUGCUUCCUUUGCUUUCGUAGACCUCAGCUCUGAUGGAAGCUUAUUUCUGUGGGAGCAAACGGUAGGGGUAACACAAAGUCUCCACUUUGGAGUCCAGAGCUUGUGGCAAGGCAGCAAGUCUGACAUUGAGUUGAAAUGCAGACUGUAGAUGCUUCCCAUCUGUAGCUUUUGCUGUCUCCUGAGGGUAACAGCGAGAUGACUGGUGAUUUAUGAUGCCGUACUCCCUGACAAAUGUGUUAACGAUGCCGGCUUUUAGUGCAGCAAUAAAGGUCGUGGGUCGACCGUUACUGUGAGACCAGGAGACUGUCUGUACUUUGCCUUUCAAGGAGCAAGCCUCUUUGAGCUCUGUUUCUCAUCCAUAAAGCUUUUAGGUGUUAGCUUUGUAUUACUUUAACACUCCUCUUUACAGUAACAAGGAUCAUCUCCUCUAAUUCUCCUGGCAUUCAAGGCUUGUGCUUUAAUACUACAUUAGAGAGUCACUAUUAGCCACUGCUUGGGAUUGAAGUGCAGAAAACAUGAACAUCUUUUCAAUGGAAGAUGCUGCAAGGACUGUGCCCCUGGGGAAGGAAUGAAAGACCGCUGCACUGCAAAAACAGACACAGUGUGUGUCCCCUGUCAAGAUGGAUACUUCAGUAGUGAGCACAACCACCGCUUCUGCAAGAGCUGUACGUUCUGCAACACCAGGGAUGGGAGCGUGGAAGUGAAGAAAUGUGAGAAGACCUCUGACAGGAUUUGCCAGUGUAUUCCAGGUUACAUGCCAGAUGUCAAUUAUCCACUUGGAAGCAUGUGCUUAAAGUGUCCUGAAGGGUUUUAUUCCACAGGGGGAAAUGAAAAGUGUCAACCUUGGACAAACUGCAGCAUGCUUGGGAAAAGUAUUCUUCAACCUGGGACAACAACAAAGGAUGUUGUUUGCAGCAACCAUAUCACCCAGCCAGCUACCUCUCAGAGUGCAACAACUUUGAAUCUUUCCACCACUGCCCCUGGGAAUAACAGGUCAACUGCAGUGCUCUCACCAUCCAGGCCUGGUGUGAUUCCUUUCAUUUGCCCGGAUACAAAGAACCCCACACAAACUAACUGGGGGUCCUUAUCACUUAUCCUUAUUUGUCUGGUAUUGCUCGUGGUGAGUGGAAUGUCCAUCCUCCUGUUGGUUAUCCAAGCAGCCAAAAGACAGACCAAAAGGAGGCCUCACCAAAACAACCAUCAGGCUCAAGAGAUGACUCAGCAGACGAAUGGAGUUGGUCACCUCAGGGUUCGAUCUUGCUUGCUGCUGGUGGUGUGCCUGUGGCAAUGGACACAGACAACUCUGGCAACAGCAUGCCAGGAUGGUGAGCUGAGAGUCAUCUGGAAAGACCACAAGAAAUGCUGCCCCAAAUGCAAGUCAAGCACAGGAGAUGAUGGCAUGUGUCAAAAUAUUGAGGACCAUGAGUGCAAAUGUCGUGCGGGCUACAGCUGCAUUGAUAGCGCGUGUCUCUACUGCACUAAGCUGCCUGAGUGUGCAGAGGGCGAGGAGCUGGUUAAGCUUGGCAAUUUUGACUUCAUCUUCAAAUGUAAACCAUGUGAGAUUGGAACCUAUUCUAACGUCAAGAAUGGCUGGUGCCGUAACUGGACUGAUUGUGAAAAUUCUGGGUUUCUAACAAUCAAGCAAGGCAACAGCACACAUAAUGCUGUGUGUGGUUUCCCUCCUAAAGAUGUGGAGCAAGUUCCUGUGACAAAUGACAGUCUGUACACCGUCAUCCUGGCCAUCCUUACUGCAGUGGCUGUGUUUGUUCUCAUCUUGCUGACCUUCUUCUUGCAUUUCUGCAUAUGGUCACUGAAGAAAGAAAAACACCCUGCAGCUGAGGAUCUGGAACACAACAAGCUGCUGGUGGCUCUACAACCAUCACAUCACAGAGAAGAGACUUCCAGCUGCCAGUUUCCAGAAGAAGAACAUGGAGACAAAAUCCCAGAGGAAAAGUCUUCCUAUUUCCACCCUCAGAGUCUGCAGUGAAAACAAACAAGUUGGAAUGAGAUGUGAGGAUGGGCAACUGAGCUCAGCUUUUCAAAAAGAGAGAAGGGAGAGGCUGGGUGUGUAAAGCAUCCUUCUAUACACAGCAAUAAGAGAUGGCUUUGGGAAGAGUUUCUCUUUGUUUCUUCUCCACAAACCUGCCAUUUAGAGACAGAAAAAGUGACAUUCAGUUGAGCCUUAUUACAUUAUUGUUCAUAUUAAGAGAAUAAGGCACUAUGCCUAGCAACCACAUCUACUACAGCUCCCUAAGCAGACAGUGCUUUCACUCCUGCCAAAUUUUCCUCUUGUGCAGCAAAGGGCCAUGACUCUCUAUCCAUUAAAUACUCUCCAGUCCCAACAGAAGGUGCUGGUUGGGCCAGUCUCAGGCCAGAGGUGCCAGGUGAGACUGCCAUGGCUGCAUCUUUCUGUGCAAGUUCUAUAACUCAGCAAUCCUUGGUACCUGGAAUACUGGGUUACAAAAGGGACACUUCUGAAAGGCUCAAAUGAGGAUCACACUGCCUAGAGAAUGGCAUUCAGUUUAAAGCUCUCCUCUCACCUAUAGUCAGAAAAGACAAUGGGAUACAGAGAAAAGCCCAGCACUUGAUGCUUUUUACCCACCACUCCAGAAGAACCACUGCAUCUGCUGGUGUGUGCCAGUAUAGCUCCAGUGAGUGAUCACCAGCUGAAAGAUGUUCCUUCUCCUUACUGAUAACUGUACCAUGGAGGAUUCUUAUUACUUUGUUACAUUAAUACUCCUCCAAUUUCACACAACUCUAACAUGGUUAGAAUGGUUUUACCUGAAUGUAAAGGGCAGGAUUUCAGCUGGAGUUGAUUGCUUUCUGUGAAUUGACACUGAUUUCAAGUAAGAAUCUAGCCUGUGGCUUCAGCUAGUUACAGCUCACAUGUCUUUCUUUACAUAGUUAUUUGUGUUACAUGACUGCAAUAGUAGAGUCAGAGCUCUGGAUGCCUCCUGCUUUGGCCCUGUGCUGAGAGCUGCUUGGAGUAGACUUUGUAAUGACUGAAUCAACUCUGGGCAAAACCAGCUUUGAAGCAGCUUUCAUGUAAAAGGUUAUAAAUGUCUCACAGUGCAGCCAUUGCAUCAGCUUCUUACAGAGAAUGUAAACUGUACAGAGCUUCUAAAUGAAAUCCUAACAGAAUAAUGACAUUUCUGUUAAUCACCUUAGGAAAUACCCAGAGAGGAUUAGUCCAAGUCUGACUGACAGGCUGCUUUCAGUAGGGCUCUGUGAAAUUACAGUGGCUGUGGAGCAGAAGUUAUUGCCUCCACAGAUGUGUGUUGCAAAAACCCUUCAACAGAGAAUCCUAAGAAGUGGGACAGGUUAUUACCUUGGUAAGCUGGUCACAAAGCCUCUGUGCUCUGAGGCAAGCAUCGACCUGUUCCCUUUUCACUGAGGUGACUCCAUCACCUCUCUAUGCAAUCCAAUCCUGUGACUGGUUUCAGGUCAGAGAAGACAGAUUUUGUUAGUUAAAAUUGAUAUUGUCUGUUAUCAUUAUGAGGAAGAAUUGACUCUUCAGCAUCUUUGAAAGCAUAAACUCUCAUCUCUCCUUGGCUUCUCUUACCCCACUUCCCAGGCUGUGCUUUCUAGACCUCUUGGUCUCUCUAAGCUGUUUCCAGUUGGUCUUUCCUGAAGCCUUAUCUGGAGGGGUCAUGUCAAGUUCAAAUAGAGCUCAGGAAUUACUUUGCUGCUCCAUGGACACAGUUUGAUUGCUGCACAUUUCUUCAGUGAUUAUACCAAGAGGAGUUAUUUUUUGCUUUGGUUCAUUGUAGAAUCUUGUAACUGGGUGAAAUAACUGUAAAGGAAAACGAAAUGCAAAGAGGUAACCUUGUUCUCUAUGAAGUAUUCCUCCAUAGGAAGGAGGAAUUCCUUCCAGAUUCUCUGUUCUUGUGUUGCUGCAGCUGACAUCCCAAUACUUCAGCUUCUCCCUCAUGUCGAAUGAGAGUGAGGAUACUUCUCAACUCUGAAGGAUGUUGUGGGACAUAAUUAGUACUUUCAGUGUCCUUUUCCUUCUUGAACCUCUGUUUGCUAAUUCUCAUGUUACUGAUCAUUUUUCCCAUGAGUAGCCCCGUGUGAAAUCCACUGUAAAGGGGCAACUUUUCCUCCAUUGCUUUGGGAAAUGUGCACAUUCUUAAUUGAGGUGAGCUGGAGGUUCAGCCAAGGAAAGCUGAAUGUACUGGUUUGGGUUAAAUAGGGUGACCUGUGUAAGUCUGUCUCUGCCUUGCAAGGAGUUCUGCAGCAGAAUGUAAUACACUCUGAAGUCUAAACACUGUCUAGUAACAACACUUCUUACUGCUCCUUCUACAUUAACCAUGUUUCUUUUCAUCUCUGUAUUGAGCCUUCUUGGGUUUUUCACAUUUUCAACAAGAUUUCUGAUUGUGACCUUUGUAAAGGUAAAAUAAACUUGGGAAUGGAAGUGCCUGUGUGAUCUAACUGAGCAGUCUGGGAAGGCAGGGGGUUAUCCUUCAGGUUACCCCAGUGUUCUUGUGCACACUUGGUUUUGCUUUCCCAGUUCCCUUCUCUUACAGAACUCUGGCUGUCUCAGCAAAUGCACCCACAACUAAAUUCUUCUCUCAGUGGAUUUGAGGUGAGUGCACUUGCACUUUUUAUCUUGUAAAGCUGGUAGCUUAACGUUUCCUGGCUGAUGGCUCACUUUUCAGCUGCCCACUACCAAAAGAGCAGGAAACUGUGGCUGACCACUUUUUCCAUUCCUGACAGUAGCAGAGAAGCAGCAACAAUUUGGGCAGAAAAAUGAAUCAGAGUUUACUCUUUGAGGAGAGAAAGAUUUGAGUAUCUAGUGGAAGUCUGUGCCUCUGGCAACAUGCAGCAAAUCUCAGUGAAGUGCAGACGACUUUCUGGGCUGGGGGUGUUGAACAGCUGUCACUUCUGCCAGUUAAUAUUGAAACAUGAUGAACAGAGCCAUAUUAUUCAUUGGAAAUUUGCACAGUGGCCUGUUGGGUUUUAUCUGCCUACCUUGAAGAGCAGCUCUGCUUCCUGCUUACCUAACCACCUGACCUUCGAGCUGCUUGGUGAUGGGGAAAAGCCACCGAUUUCCUGACUUCUUAAAGCUCCAGUUCAGAGGGAAAAACCCAAAGUGUGAAUCAUUUCAGCCCUGGAGAAUUUCGGUAAAAGAGCUGCUCUUUAUAAUCAAAGGAACUAAAAGGUAUUGGCUUACAGCAAGCUGGUGUUUCAGUUUCCAUGCAGAAAGGACAGCUUUAUUUUAUCAGUGUGCAAUUACUUGCAGUAUUUGGAUCAGAUCAUGGCUGAGUUUUCAGCUCAAAUCCCAGAGCUUAUGGGGUUUUUCAGGUUCUGAUUUAAACUCCUCUGCACAUGGACUCCAGAUGAAAAAUGACCUGUCCUUGAAAUCAUUUCUCUUCAAUUUAAAUAUUUAUAGCAAUGUUGGUUUGGCUUGAAUCCCUUUUCAAAGGACAAAAUAAAACACCCCAGCAAAAUAUCCCACAGUUUCUUAAUCCUGUCCUUGACUUCACACACUUGGAUCCAUCCAAGAGGUAAGGAUGUGGAUGGGUUUGUGCUGUCACCACCAAGCAGCCAAGGACAGGGGUGGCUGCUGCUGGAAGAGCUGUUGCUGUCCCCCAUGGCAGCUGUGGGCUGUGUGCACACUGGGGCAUGAGCUGGGGUAGCUGGUGGCAAUGUCCAUCGUUGGCUGUAAGGGAAGCAACCCUCAAUUUGGAGCAACUCUUGGGGUUGGAUUGUGUGGUGAUUCGUGUCUGUCUGUAAGGCUGAGUGAUGUCUCUGCACCCUUUCUGUUCCCCAGAGCCAGGCUGCCUGCUCACAGGCUCUUUGUGCAGCUGUGAUGGCCUCUCCCAGGCUUUGCUGUUAACCUGGGCUGUGCAGGUUGUUGAGGAAAUGUCCCAGGGACCACAGGACCACACAAAAAGCUUCUUCAGGUGACUUUGCAGCAGUGCCACAGAUGCAACCUGGAUGAUUACAGGCAGGGAAGAAAAGCUGUAGAAAAGGGAUUGUUGACCACCAAGAGCUGCACUGUCAUUGCAGAGGAAGGCAGUGGCUGACCAAACCAACAGCUUAUGCCAUGCUAGACAUCAGGGACACAGACUGGGUUGUUUAAAACAGAGGAAGCCUUGGCAGAACUGUUAAGAGGUGGAACAGCUGCUCAAGGAAACUUGCUUUGCAGAAGCCAACAGAGGGCACCUCAGUUUCAUACAUUUUUCUUGGCAAACUCUUCUCAAAGCAGAGAGAAUAAAGCCAGCUUCACCUUAUCUGUGUGAAUAUCCUUGAUUUUCACAGACAUUCCAUGUAGAAUGCAGUUCCUGUGCUUCUCCCUGCCUCUGACAUGCUUUUCAAGUGCUAACAGGAACGAUGACUGCCCUGUGCCUGUGGUCAGAAGUGCUGCUCUGGGUAUUUCUGGGAGAUGAAGAGGUCUCUCCCUGCAGCCUGCCAGUGCAACUCCAUGUCCUGUCACAUCUUCAACUUGCUCUGUCAAGACAUCACAGGAAGUGCCAGAUUCCAACUGACUGUGUCACCACUGAGUGCCCAGAAAUCCUCAUCAUUCUUACAGAUAGUACUUGUCAAGAUCUUGUUUAUCUCUCCAGCUUCAUUCACUCUUUACAAGUUUGAGCUGUAAUUCUAGCAGAUUUUACAGACUCUGUGAGCUGACCUGUAGCUAAAUGGUGAACCUACAGUGCACGUGGAGAUGCUGAUGCUGACAUCUGAAUUGGUACUGACUGAUUCUUCAGCAUGGUGAGGCAAUGGGGGGAUGUUCUACAAAGAAAAACCUGCAUGGGUUCCUUUCUUCAUGCAAAGAGUGAAAAAUGAAAGCACCCCAACCCAAAAUCCUGGUGCCUGCUGAUGGAGUGAAGUCUAGACUUUAGCAGCAUGGAAGCAGAGUUGAGGAGAUGUUUGGGAGGCUUCCUUAGGUUGCAUGGAACAGAUAUUGCAGCUGUACAAUACAGCUUGGUAUGAAAAUCCAGGCCAUCUAAUUGAAAUUGCUCUACACAAGGCUUUAUGCAUAGAACUCCUGCAUGGAACUGGAGCCUCUGGCCUUUGGAAGUCCUUCCCAAAUAUCCCAACAACAGUAAAUUCAAAUCUUCCUGAUGACAAAGAUCUGCCUUGAAGUGACUGAAACGUGGCUGCAAGACAGACUAACCAGAGAAACAGCCUCUCUCACAACCAUCUCAUGGGCAUUAAAUACCUGUGGGGAACAAUUCAACUCUCUGAGGCCAGUGUGCUUAAUCAAGCUUGAUGACAAUUAAGCAGGAUGUGCUUAAUCAAGCACACUACUCACACCUGAGUUCCCAGGCUCUACCUUUGCACUAUUCUUGCUGGGGGAGCUUUGUAUGGUCCCCUCUUGUUGAGCAGGUAUUCCUCAGUGCUGUGGAGCUCAGCUUGGAGGGUGCUGACAGCAGCUGGGUUUUUCAGCAGGAAGAUUCCUCUCCCUUGGUUAGAGCAGCUUGGUUUGCAGAUCCAAAUCUGUUCCUCUGCAGAGAGAAGGACGUGUGUGGUAUGAAACACCCACAGUGGGCUCUCAAAACUGCUCACUUGAAGGUGUGUGUGUGUGUGCAUACACAUGCAUUACAGACAGAAGUGAUUCUUAGUGUGUAUCCUUCAGUGACCAUUUCAUAGCUGUACCAAUGGGUUGCCACUGGGACUAAGACAAUUCACCUGUGCAAAGCUCAAAAAAGGCUUUUCUCUCAUCCUUCAAGUCCAGGCGAAAGGAAUCUGGGAAGAAUUCCUCUAUCUUCAGUAACCUGUGGGAGAAACAAACACAAGCUGGAAACCCAACACGUUCCUUCCCCAGUUGCUUUCACAAGGAUGCUUGUGAGUGGAAACUUAAGAAACAGCACCUUUCAGGGGUUUUUCCUGCUUGUUUGUUUGUUGCAUGGGGUUUUUUCUCCCUGCCUCAUUCCACAAGCUUUCAAGCACAUGCAUUAGCCUUAAGACAUUCUUCAUGUGCUCAGUUUUUUGAACACUGGUUGAGACACCUGCAGCCAACAGAAUGGCCAUUUGUGGUAGGUCAGAAAAUAAAGCAGCAGAAAGGGCAAUAAGCUUCUGUCUUACUUUUACACUGUCUAUAGUACAUGAAGCUGUGGCCUUUCCAGUAGGACAAUGGAGCAAAGCCAAGGGAAUCACUGUGAGUGUUGUCUUUGGGGGGCCUGGCACUCCUGCAACUCCAGUUGUAGAGAAAGGAGAAAUUCUGUCUCUGAUGUAUGUACUUCUGAAAAGAAAGAACUAAGAGCCCAUACAAUU